AUGGUACUGGAACCCACUCCGCGAGUGUACGUCAACAACGCACUGAAGAGAGGCAAGGCAUACUAUGAGUAUGCAGACUAUACUAUUGAGUACGGGGAUAUUGAGAGGUAUAAAAUAACAGAUUUUCUAGGCAGAGGAAAAUAUUCUCAAGUAUUCAAAGGGAGGGAGGAAAGGCCUAAUUCGUCAAAGUACAGAGAAUGUGUAAUAAAAGUACUGAGGCCUAUUAGAGAGAAAAAAAUCAAUAGAGAAAUAAAAAUACUGAAAUCUCUUGUGAACAUAGAGAAUGUCAUACACCUGCUAGACGUAGUUAAAGACAGCGAAACAAACACAAGAUCGCUAAUAUUCCCAUAUGAGGACCAUACAGAAGCCAGAGCUCUUUUUAAAAUAUUCACACACGAUGAUAUAGUAUACUAUAUGCAUAAACUUCUGAGCACUCUUGAUGAAAUACAUGCAAUGGGAAUAUUCCACCGCGACUUAAAGCCGCAGAAUAUUAUUAUAAACCAUAAAACACGUGUACUGAAAAUCAUUGACUGGGGGCUGGCUGAGUACUAUUUGCCAAACACAGAGUAUGCCACCCGGGUGGCAAGUCUGCACUUUAAAGCGCCUGAGCUACUUCUGGGGUACAGGUACUAUGACUACUCUCUGGACAUUUGGUCUGCAGGGUGCAUCCUUGGUGAGAUGAUUUUCAAUCGGGCACCGCUAUUUAACGGCAACUCAAACGAAGACCAACUAGAAAAAAUCAUCCGAGUGUGCGGAGUAAACCAGCUAAAAUCCUACAUGGAGAAGUAUAAGCUAACACACCCAGCAAACCAGCUAGAAAAAAUAUACUCGGUAUGCCCAUCUGAGAACUCGUGGGCGUCUGUUCAAGCGGCAGACAUCCGAGUUUCAAAGAAGUCUCACCAAAGGGAUGGGCUUAUAGCCCUGCUAAAGGAUAUGCUUAUGGUUGACCAUCGGAGAAGGCCAAGCGCAAAGGGGGCCCUUGACUAUGAAGUGUUUAGCUGUUUUAGUAAUAGAAAUGAGUAA